CUUCUCAUAUUUGAAAGAUAGAAACAGUUUUAGAGCGGCAAGCAUUAAUUAGCUGAAGCCGCCUCACGCUCCCUUCCCAAAAGAAGAUCAGAGAUUUAUAGAUUAUUGGUUUCCUCUUCUUUUCUGUUUUCUCCUUCCUCCCUGUUCUUUGUGGACAUCAAAAUCAAACCCAAUCUAACCCUUUUUAGUAUGUUUUAAAGUGAAACAAGCCUCUCAGUUUUUCAUACAAAUUUGGAGAUACAAAGCUCCCCCAAUCUCUCUCCCUCCCCCACUCUCUCUCCCCUCUUUCAUAAAACACAGCCUUUAAUGGAUUCUGGAAACAGCGGAAGCACGCAAUCAAGCGGUGGCGAGGAGGAUUACGAUCCACGCACCGCCGCUAAUUCACCCUUUAACCCCAUCUAUAACCAUCUAUCUCCACCACCACCAACCAUGUAUGAUCCACAUACUAAUACCUCCAACUUUUUCAAUCCACCCCCACAGCUUCAACUCCAACAACUCACCAACCCUUAUUUAGCCCCUCAAUCCCAAACCCUCUCAUUCCCUCCACACCAUUUCAAACAAAAUCAACCAACCCUAGUACUACCUGCAUCAUCAUCUCAGCCCUCGACGCGAAAAAUUGACCAACAUAAGCUGACACAAGUAACAAGAAACCCCAAGAAAAGAUCAAGAGCAUCCAGGCGCGCGCCCACAACUAUUCUCACCACAGACACCUCAAAUUUCAGAGCCAUGGUCCAAGAAUUCACCGGAAUCCCAGCGCCUCCUUUUUCGCAAUCCUCGACAUUCCCUCGAAGCAGGCUUGAUCUCUUUAGUCCACCUUCCUCUAUCAGAUCCAGCAUCAAUAUCACUCAGACUCCAUCUUACAAUACUCGAUCUCCUCUUAUUUUUCCUAGCACUUCUGAACUAGGGUUUUUGAAACAUCAGCAACUUCAAAACCCUAAUCACUCUAAUUUCCUCCAGUCCUCAUCAUCCACUUCAUCGAUAUUUACGUCGAAGCAAGGACAUGAUUUUUCACUUUUAAUACCUUCACAAUCCAAUCUCAGAGUCGGUGCCCUAGAAGAAUUUGGUUUCAGCUAUGGUCAAAUGAAUACGGCACAAGUAUCCGGAUUACCGGACCUCAUUUCACCCGAAAACGGUAACAACUAUGUGCGGAAUUCGACGAACGGAAAGCAAAACAUCAAUUAUUCGGCAACAAAUUUUCAUGACGGCAAAAGAGCAACGGACAAUGUGUCGAGUUCUGCUACAAGAGGUAUGUCUGAGGGAAUAAUGGAACCGUGGAUAUAACUAGCAGAAAAAAAAAAAAAAAAUUAUAAUGGAACCGUGGAUAUGUUCUUCAGAUUAAUCAUUACUCACCUCUCAUUUCAAAGAAUUAUUAAGAAAUACGAAAUGAUUACGGCA